CAGGAUUAGGUAUUAAAGUUGUACUGAAGCCAGAGUAUCGAAUGAAUCCACCUCCUCAAUUGGCACCACAACUGGCAGAGGUCCCUCGUUGUACUUUCCAAUUUGAUUUUGAUUUUGAGAGAAGAAUUCUUGCUGAAGCUGAGAAAGGGAACCAGAACUGGAUCAAAAUUGCAUCAGAAAGUCAGCCAUCGAAAGCUGCACCUUCUACUUCUAUGAGUUCGACUGGAGAUCCAUUGGUGGACAAGUAUGUUAAUGAGGGACUCCCUCGUGAAGCUGCAUCUCUUGGAGUUUUAAACUAUGGAGACAAUCCAGUGAAGGUUAGAGAAUUCGUUAGAGGCUACAAUCUUCUCCGAGAGAUGGGCUUUGCUUCUAAGAAUGUAACAGAAGCUCUUGCGAUGUACGAUAAUGACACUGAUAAGGCUAUUGCGUAUUUCCUCAACAGCUCGUCUUAAGCGCAAACUCUCUUUUACGUCAAAAUAAAGCUCGUUAGAUUCGGCCCUUUCGGGAAUCUGAUCAGUCUUCUGUUCUCUUACAAAGACUUAUGGCCUAUACAUUGUUGUGAAACAUUAACUAAUUUUAGUUUUCUUUAUUUGUAUAUAUUACCGUUUUGAUCAAACGUUCGCCAAACUGUGUCAUGUGAAUUUUCGGCCCUACUGUUAUCCAAAUGAUAGAUAUGUGUUUGUAGCUGUUAAAUGGAAUGUAAUUUUUGAGUAAUCUAAAAUGUUAUAAUAGUUUGAUGUAGCUUUUA